CCCACGGCCCGUGAAUCUAGCACGACAUACUGCUGUCGGUUAGGAGGGGGCGCUAGUCACAGCAGUAGCAGUAGGUCUCCGGUGUUUGAAUGGGUGUGUUUUGGGCCUCCGGUAAACUCUGCCUUGCGAGGCUAUAAUAUAACACAUAAUAUUUAACUAAUAUGCGAGUUUUUGGUUCCUAUGAACUUUGAAUCACUCCCCUUAUCCUAGUUUCCCCCGAGCUUCACGACGAAGGUACAUCUCUUCGAACUCAACGUGAUGGUAGUCAGCAGUGUUUAGCUAGCUAGCGACUAGCACCUUUAGUUACUACACGCGUAGCUGCUCUAAAUUGGUGUGUGUUUAAAAAAAUAUCCCAUUUUAAACAAAUUGAACAGUGUGUGGGGUAGUCUUACCUAGUAAUUUAUUUCACAAUGGAUCUCAAUUUCUACUCUGAGCUCUCGGAUGGUUGUGCUCAAAAUGUUGACUCAGAGUUUUUGGACUCCCAAGCAUAUGGUGGAUACUCCCAAGGAAAUAAGUUUUCGGAAGGCAGUGACAGUUAUCUCACCAUCAGUGGAGCAGGACACCCCUUUUUGUCUUCAGAGCAGACAUUUCAUACUCCUAGUCUGGGGGAUGAAGUUUUCGAGAUCCCCCCGAUUUCCCUUGAUCCAGAUCCAUCGCUGGGUAUCAGUGAUGCGGUGGCCCACUUUGAGCUGUCAGAGGGAACCGGGGGACCUUCGGGCUCCCGUAGCCUUGUUAGCAACCUUGUGGUAGAAGCCAAUGACCCUUCCUUUGCUUCCACCUUUGUAAACUCUGGUUCUCAAGGCCUGGAGCAGCAGAGCCUCGGGGGAAUGGGCCAGUCAGGAGGAGGAGCCCUGCUGAGCUCUUCAGCCCUGGAACUGGGCAACUCUGGUGGUUCUCAUUUCAGCAGUUCUUCCCCCAUGACCAUUGAUGUUCAGCUCUGUGACAUUGGUCAUAGUCUUUUGGGAAGUGGUCACCUUACUACUAUUAACCAGUCUGAGCUUUCACUGGGCCUGGGAGGUGAAAACAUUGGCCACCCUUCAGAGGCGCCCAAGCAGCCUCUGUCAGCAACACCAUCCCCAGCAGGUUCCUUACAGGACGAGGACAUGGAUGACUUCAAGAAGAGUGUUCUGGUGGACUCUCCAUUGUCUCUCUCCUCUUCCUCUGGUCUCCCCAACAUUUCGUCUCACCUGGCUCUUCCAUCAUCCAUUUCUCCUGGAACAGCCCGGAGGGGUGGGGGUAAACCUGCCACACUAGCAUCAGCGAAUGUGGUUGCUGGAGCGAAAAAAGGAAGGAAGAAGAAAGACCCCAAUGAGCCACAAAAGCCGGUUUCAGCGUACGCACUCUUCUUCAGAGACACCCAGGCAGCGAUUAAAGGCCAGAACCCCAAUGCUUCUUUCGGGGAGGUGUCGAAGAUCGUGGCCUCCAUGUGGGACAGCCUGGCUGAGGAACAGAAACAGGUGUACAAGAGAAAGACAGAAGCAGCCAAAAAAGAGUAUUUGAAAGCGCUCGCAGCUUACAGAGCCAACCAGCUCUCACAGCCUGUUACCGAGGAGAUGGAAACUGCCCCCUCGCCACCUCCACCUGUGGUUAACUCGACUCCUGCUGCCCUUCCCUCUGCUGGUCACCAGGGAACCCGUGUGGCAAACAGCACCAUGGAAGAGAACACCAUUACUAACAUCUGUGCCUCCAACAUCAUCCUGGACGUCCCAGAGGUGACCACACGUUCCCGCACGGGGGCAAACAAAGUUUCUGCUCCAGCAGCUUCAGUCGCUCCGACCCAGACCAUCACCAAGAUCAUAAUCCCCAAGCACAUUCUGCAGGGAGGCGGGCAGGUGGUGACCGUGUUGCCUGGAGGGGUCCGUGCCUUGCAGCCUACCCUCGUGGUAUCGAACGCCUCGCGUCAGCCGCCUCCAUUGCUGCAGAUGCAGAAUGCCCCGCCUCCACCUCGGCUCCAGCAGAUGGCACCAGCGCCCCCACCUUUACAGGCCAAACCCCGUGAGGGAACACCAGGCCACCCUGUGUCCGUCACAGCUACACCGCCUCCUCCACUUCAGAUAAAAAUUGUUCCUGCCCCCAUUCAGGGAAAACAGGCGCUGCCAAUUAUUGUCCCUAGCACAGCAGCCUCAUCAUCUGCUGAAACCACACCUGCCCAGGCUCCACCUGUCGUGUCACUGCUGCAAGAGGACGAUUCUGCUGAGACGUCAGGCCAUGCAGACGACGACGAUGACGACGACGAUGUUACAGAAGUGCUGCCUUCAGAAGAGGAGAUGGAGGUGAGUGCGUCGCGGGACACCGCUGCAGUGAAGACUGUGUGCGUAAGGGCAGGCUGCAACAACCCAGCAGUAGAGAGUGAAGACUGGGACAAAGAAUACUGCAGUAAUGAAUGUGUGGCCACUCACUGCAGAGAUGUAUUUAGGGCGUGGUGCUCCAUAAAGAAUCAGAACAUGGGAACAGUGAAGUAACACAGCUGCUGCGGUCCAUCACAUCAACAGACUUCUUCGUUUUCGCAAGGAAUGUGUUGAUAGCUGUAGGGUGGAUGCAGAACUGGUGCGUUAGAGAAAUACAUUUCACGAUUUGUACACGAAACACAGUUGUUUUUCAGGACAGCUGGUAUUGCUGUAAUGGAACAGCCCAGUAGUGUUAACCUUGUUACUAAAGGCAUGUAUGCAGUGUAGAUAAAUGUGUAAUGAUAUGAGUAUGUGUGCCAUUUUUAGUGAGGCACCAAGGGGCCUUACGGCAGCUAGUGUGAGAUAUGAUCAAGACAAUAAUAUUCUCUCUCUUCGUUUCUAGUUGUUUAUUACAAGUUGUUGACGAUCAAAAGAGGACAAAAGCAACUCGUUCGGUGCUCACUGAUUUUCUACAUCAAGGUUUAAAAUCAAUGGUUUGGCAUUUUUAAGUGUUAAUUCCUUUUGUAUGAAGAGAGAGAAACUGUAACUGAAUGGACUCUUGUUUUGUUAGCAGAGAACGUUUGUAUCACUGUAAUAACCUGUUUUGUACGGAGGCCUGCCAGACUGAUUGUUGCCUUUUUCUUCAAAAAUAAUCAGACAGUUGUUCAAGAAUGCUCAACCUCCAUGUUUUGUUAAUAAAUGAGACAAAUUGCUCAAA